UUUAAAUAUUAUUUGUACUAUAUUUCAAUUUUUAAACAUACUUAAGAUUGUUCAUAAAAUUUGACUUUAUUAAACUCUUAUAAAUAGUUUAUAAUAUGCCAAUUUGUUAUAAUGGAAUCUGAGAAAACUGAUUCUGCAGAAGUUGAGCUGACUUCUGACAGAUUUGAUGAUUUGGAUAUCGACGAUAAGACUAAAAAAGUUUUAAAGAGCAAAGGAUAUGUAUACUUGACAAAAGUACAGAGUAAAGUCCUUCCCUUAGCACUUUCAGGGAAGAAUCUGGUUAUCCAAUCACCAACUGGAUCAGGGAAAACACUUUGCUUCCUAUUACCGACAGUGAAGCAUUUGUUUGACGAGGGAUACAGCGGGAACCUACCAAUAGAUGCUAACCUUUUAGGAUGUAUUUGUUUAGCACCAACUAGAGAAUUGGCAAGUCAAAUAGCAUUACAGAUGAAGGACUUAGCAAACCCUCUAAAGCUUAACUCAGGAUGCUGUAUAGGAGGAGUUAGAGAUAAAUACGAUAAGAAAAACGCCAACAGACUUCACAUCUUGACUGGAACACCAGGAAGAAUACUGGCGCUUUUAAGUAGCCAAUCGUUACCGGAGACUCACAAUAUUAAAAUUUUAAUAAUGGAUGAGGCGGAUAGAUUAAUCGAUGUUGGAUUUCGAGAUGACAUCAUAAGCAUAGUUGAUUUCUUGCCAACCGAUAUACAAUUUCUGUUUUUUAGUGCCACCAUAAAGUCAUCGUUAAAGGAGCUCUGUGAUUUAUUGUUAAAGGACGUCAGCUAUGAACUUGUGUGUUUAGGGUCAGAUUCCGAUGGAAUUUCAGAGUCUAAUUUAAGGCAGGAACUGGUGUUGAUGAGUCCUAAACUGAAGUUUUCAGCUCUUUUUUACAUCCUGUCCAAAAACCAAAACAAGAGAAUUAUAGUGUUUCUAUCCACUUGUAAGCUGGUUAGGUUUGCCUACGAAGUUUUCAAACGACUUAUUCCAGCUGUCCCAAUGACUGAACUCCACGGAAAACAGAGCCAAAACAAGCGUCUAACACAGUUUACAAGGUUUGCAGCAAAACAGAACCAUGGGUGUAUAUUCACAACUGACCUCGCUGCAAGGGGAAUUGAUUUCCCAGCCGUAGAUAUUGUGGUUCAGUUUGACCUACCAGAUUCCACAACCACUUACACACACAGAGUUGGAAGAGCAGGACGUUUGUCAGUUGAAGGGUUUAGGAAUUACGGGAGAACAGUAAUUUUUAUUUCUGAUCAUGAAUCUGACUUUGUUAAGCUUCUUAAAACCCACAUUCCCAAUAAAAGUUCUAAGGGGACCACUGUAGUACACGAUGUUACUAAAUUAAUGGUUCCGCUGAUAGAGAGGAGAGAAGGUUAUGUGACUAGGAAGAUGCAGGCAAUAUUGGCAAAAGAAGCGUGGAUCAAGGAAAUGGCUCAGAGAGCACUGGUGGCGCAUCUUCGGUAUGUUACCACGAGAGCCUUACUACGGCCAAAUAACAACCAAAUCAUUGAGGAAAUUAACCAACUUUCAAUUUCCAUGGGCUUACCAUAUUCUCCAAACAUACAACUUACCAAUGGUGAUUCUAACGGUGCCCAGGUACAGAGUGGAAAGAAGAGCAAAUUGAGUAAAUUAAAGAACAAAAUCAAACAGAAAAAACUUAAAAAUGCCAUUGAUACAGAGGAAUUGGAUCAGAAAACUGAUUCUGAUGAAAAAGCUGAUGAAGUUUUGUAUUUGAGUAAGUCGUGUGUUAAUGACGAUAUUGACUUGCACGCCAAUUUGGUAAAAGACCCUGAACGUGAAAUCAAGCGUAAACUUACAAGUUCAAGGAACAAAUUAAGGCUAAAUAGAAGAGGCAUAGCAAAGAUUAGAGGUGUAGUCACACUUAAAGAAGCUGAACAAAACCACGUGUUCUUUUCUGACGAUGAACGUGUUGAUGAAGGUGGGGAUAAGUCUGAGUAUAUUUCAAAGUUACAGACUGAAAUUAGUCAAAAUGAUCAAUUUGACAAGGUUAACUAUAACCAAAUAAGAAGAGAAACUAAAAAAGCAAAACAAUCUUAA